AUGGCGCAUUUCAUAGCCUGCAAAAAGACUGUUGAUGCAUCAAAUAUAGCCAAACUGUUUUUCAGGGAGGUUGUUCGCUUGCAUGGGGUUCCUACAUCCAUUACAUCUGAUCGUGACACCAAGUUCUUAAGCCAUUUUUGGAUCACUUUGUGGAGACUGUUUGGGACUACUUUGAAUCGUAGCAGCACUGCCCAUCCCCAGACUGAGGUUACAAACCGGACAUUGGGCAAUAUGUUACGAAGCGUCUGUGGAGAGAAGCCAAAACAAUGGGAUUAUGCACUACCACAGGUGGAGUUUGCAUAUAACAGUGCAGUCCAUAGUGCAACUGGGAAGUGUCCAUUUUCCAUUGUUUAUACUGCUAUACCUAACCAUGUUGUAGAUUUGGUGAAACUGCCUAAAGGCCAGCAAACCAGUGUGGCAGCGAAAAAUUUGGCUGAGGAAGUAGUAGCCGUUCGAGAUGAAGUCAAGCAGAAACUUGAGCAAACUAAUGCUAAGUACAAAGCUGCUGCAGAUGGGCAUAGGCGUGUUAAAGUGUUUCAAGAAGGUGAUUCUGUGAUGAUAUUUCUGAGGAAGGAGAGGUUUCCAGUUGGCACAUAUAGCAAGCUUAAACCAAAAAAAUAUGGUCCUUACAAAGUGCUCAAACGGAUCAAUGAUAAUGCCUAUGUUAUUGAGUUACCGGAUUCCAUGGGAAUUUCCAAUACUUUUAAUGUUGCAGAUUUAUAUGAGUUCCGUGAAGAUGGGGUCCUUUAUCCAGAUCAUAACUCGGGGUCGAGUUCUUCGGAGGUGGAGGGGACUGAUGUAGAACAAAUGGCAGAUUUUAUCGCGGUUGAGCUAGAAAAAGGACAUAGAGGGAAUUUGCAGAUUUGUCGUUCGAGCUCCGAUUAG